UCUCGCCGCGAGAGCCGCGCUGCGAGGGAGACCCGCCGCGGCCGGAGCCAUGUUCCCCCAGAGCCGGCACCCCGACGGCGGGGGGUCGCCGCCGGACCAGGCAGCAUCCGCCGAACACAGCGCCCGGAAUGGGGCUGGCUGUGCCUCCGCGGCGGGGGUCGGCGGGGAGGAGCCGGCACUUGCCGCUUUCGUGUAGACGGCGGCGGCAGGAGCGGGUGGGUCGGAGCCGGAGCGCGGUUAGUCUCGGCCCCACCGCAGAUGAGGGACGGGAAGACCCCGCACCAGGCUGCGGGCCAGCCUUUCAAAUUCACCAUCCCGGAGUCGCUGGACCGCAUCAAAGAAGAGUUCCAGUUCCUCCAGGCUCAGUACCACAGCCUUAAAUUGGAAUGUGAGAAACUGGCAAGUGAAAAGACGGAAAUGCAGAGGCAUUAUGUGAUGUACUAUGAAAUGUCGUAUGGAUUAAACAUUGAAAUGCACAAACAGACAGAAAUCGCGAAGAGAUUGAAUACAAUUUGUGCACAAGUCAUCCCAUUUUUGUCUCAGGAACAUCAGCAACAAGUGGCCCAAGCUGUAGAACGUGCCAAACAAGUGACCAUGGCUGAAUUGAAUGCCAUCAUCGGGGUACGUGGCCUUCCAGGUCUACCUCCUACACAGCAGCAGUUGCAGGCUCAGCAUCUCUCCCAUGGCCAUGGACCUCCAGUGCCUCUAACACCUCAUCCAUCAGGACUUCAGCCUCCAGGAAUCCCUCCACUUGGAAGCAGUGCUGGCCUUCUUGCCCUCUCCAGUGCUUUGGGUGGGCAGUCUCACUUGGCAAUAAAAGAUGACAAGAAGCAUCACGAUGCAGACCACCACAGAGACAGAGAGCCAGGCACAAGUAAUUCUCUGUUGGUUCCCGACAGUCUACGAAGCACAGAUAAACGCAGGAAUGGCCCUGAAUAUGCCAAUGACAUCAAAAAGAGAAAGGUGGAUGAUAAGGAUUCCAGCCACUAUGACAGUGAUGGGGACAAGAGUGACGAUAACUUGGUUGUAGAUGUAUCCAAUGAGGAUCCUUCUUCCCCAAGGGCAAGUCCCACUCAUUCACCACGUGAAAACGGUAUCGAUAAAGCCCGCCUACUGAAGAAGGAUGCCUCCAGCAGUCCAGCAUCUACAGCCUCUUCAGGAAGUUCCACUUCACUCAAAUCCAAGGAAAUGGGUCUGCAUGAAAAAGCCAGCACGCCUAUUCUGAAAUCCAGCACACCAACUCCUCGAGGUGAUGUGCCAACCCCAGGCACUAGUGCAACUCCAGGACUCCGUCCAGGCCUUGGCAAACCUCCAACAAUGGACCCUCUGGUUAACCAAGCUGCUGCAGGUUUGCGGACACCUUUGGCAGUACCAGGACCAUACCCUGCUCCAUUUGGAAUGGUACCUCAUGCUGGCAUGAAUGGAGAGUUAACCAGUCCAGGGGCAGCCUAUGCCAGUCUGCACAAUAUGUCACCCCAGAUGAGUGCUGCUGCUGCUGCAGCUGCCGUGGUUGCCUAUGGAAGAUCUCCUAUGGUUGGGUUUGAUCCUCCUCCUCACAUGAGAGUACCUGGAAUCCCUCCAAAUCUAGCAGGGAUUCCUGGGGGAAAACCAGCCUACUCCUUUCAUGUUACUGCAGAUGGUCAGAUGCAGCCAGUUCCUUUCCCUCCUGAUGCCCUCAUCGGUCCAGGAAUCCCUCGCCAUGCCCGUCAGAUCAACACCCUGAACCACGGGGAAGUUGUGUGUGCAGUCACCAUCAGCAACCCCACGAGACACGUGUACACGGGUGGGAAGGGGUGCGUCAAGGUUUGGGACAUCAGUCAGCCUGGCAACAAGAGCCCUGUCUCUCAGCUGGACUGCCUGAACAGAGAUAACUACAUCCGCUCCUGUAAAUUGCUGCCCGAUGGAUGCACCCUCAUAGUUGGCGGGGAAGCCAGCACAUUAUCCAUAUGGGACCUGGCAGCUCCAACUCCUCGUAUAAAAGCAGAGCUGACAUCCUCAGCACCUGCCUGCUAUGCUCUGGCUAUCAGCCCUGACUCCAAGGUGUGCUUUUCCUGCUGCAGUGAUGGGAACAUUGCAGUGUGGGAUCUGCACAAUCAGACACUGGUCAGGCAAUUCCAGGGCCACACAGAUGGAGCCAGCUGUAUUGACAUUUCUAAUGAUGGUACCAAGCUCUGGACAGGAGGUUUGGAUAACACUGUCAGAUCCUGGGACUUGAGAGAAGGGAGACAGCUACAACAGCAUGACUUCACAUCACAGAUAUUUUCCCUUGGUUAUUGUCCUACUGGUGAAUGGCUAGCUGUGGGAAUGGAGAGCAGCAAUGUCGAAGUGCUACAUGUAAAUAAACCAGACAAGUAUCAACUGCACCUUCAUGAGAGCUGUGUAUUGUCACUCAAGUUUGCUUACUGUGGUAAAUGGUUUGUGAGUACUGGGAAAGAUAACCUUCUUAAUGCAUGGAGAACUCCUUAUGGAGCCAGUAUCUUCCAGUCCAAAGAAUCUUCAUCAGUGCUUAGCUGUGACAUCUCUGUGGAUGAUAAGUACAUAGUCACUGGCUCUGGAGACAAAAAGGCUACAGUCUAUGAAGUUAUCUACUGAAAAAUACGAUGGGGAUAUUCUUUUAGAGGUUGAACUGGGCCAAAAUUGUUUGUAGAAGUAGAAAGGUUUUGAAUUUUUGAAAGGAACAAAAGUGUUGAGGUUCCAGACCUUGCCAUGAAACUACUCCGAUUUUUCAAAAUAGAAGGCAACAUCCAGCAGCUAAGUAAUGGCUACGUGGACCAGACGGAACACAGAGGCAAGAUGGACAAAUGUAACCUAGGUUUUUGAUAUAAUUUUUAAAAGCCAAGUCUACUGAAGAAUGUUGGAGCCUUUUAUUUUUUCUUUUUGUGACCUCAUGCAAAUUUUUCUCAUUGCCUGAAUAUGGGGGAUAAAUACCUUUCUGUUCCUUGCAGUUCAAGUUGCAUUCUGUCCUGGGUAGAGCAGCAGUGUCUCAGAUGAACUUGUUUCCUGGUUUUGCAUCUUGUGAAAUGUUUUUGUAUUUUUGUUGAAGGUCAAACAUUUGUAUAAACUGUAAAUAUAUUUAGUUUACUACAGUAAAGGCUUUAGUACCAACAACCAGUCUUCCCCCUUGCCCCCUCCCUGCUUGCCCUGCUUAUUUAAAAUUAAAAACCUUUUGGGGAUAUAAGUACCUUUUUAGAAGCAAAAGCAAACACUAUGUAUAGUUUAAAAAUGGUGUCUUAUUCUUUAUAACUGUUCUUAGAUUUCUUUAUCAUACUUCAUAGUAGUUGAAUUGACAUACUAGGAUAUCAAGUCCAGUAGAUAUUGUCUUGUUCUACAGAAAACUUAAAGGCAGUUUUGUACUAAUUAUAGUGUAAAUAUAAAAAUUGAACAUUUCAUAAAGCUGUGCAGUUUAAGUUUAUUCUGAUGUCCCAUGUAUAUGUUCUUUGGCAGAUACAGUAAUAUGUGCCUGACCAUAACUCAUUUGGUCAUUUCUCUAGAAGAGGAGGUGACUUCCCUGUCCUUUUUUUUCCCCAGCUGAACAGAAUUCAUGUAAGACUACAUUUCAACUAAGUACAUCAGAGCCUUUAUUUCUUAUAUAAGGAUGUCUGUGAUUAGAUAAAUUGCAUCCUUCCUGUUUUACAGAGAAGUGGUAGCUAACAACCAUUUCUUUUUUAAAGUCUUGUCUAUACUUAGAUACUCAGGUAAAUUUAACUAAAUUACCAAAAGUGUGAGUUUACAGGGGAUUACUUAAAGAUGUUAAAUACUUGCAGGGUGGCAAGUGAAGUGAAUUAACCUAAACUAAGUUAAACUCGCGUCUUAAUUUCUUGUGAGAAUACUGACAAAGGAAUAUUUUGAUUUUUAGCUAAUCCACUCUACAAAUUAAUUAGAAUUAAUUUUCCUGAGUGUCCCAUGUUAUGCAGGCCUGUAGGCUCUAUGUAUUCAUGCUGAGCAAUCUUUGAGUCCUUUCCAUUGUCGCAUCACUGUGACAUCUGUGAAGAGCCAUGAUAAGCAGCCAGUUACCAAAGCUAUGCAUCUUCAAGUUUUCUUGGUGUCCUUAAGAUCAAUGGAUGAGGAGAGAAUGUGUUCACCUUAUUUAACUAUUAUUUUUUCAGUCCAAUGUGUUCUACCAUUGUGUGCUAGACAACAGACUUUGAUGUUGCAUUGGUGAGAGCCAUACAUUUCCUACAUUCUGUAAUUUGGUUAUAAUUUCUGUUGCUAAUGGAGAGUACAGAUGAACAGAAGGAUAUCUUUGAACAAUUAAUUUAGAUUACACAAACUGGCAGACAGAAGAAGAGCUGCUUUCUCAUUUUGCUAGCACUUGAUGGUCUAUGUCCCUGCUCUUUCAAAGACGUAGCUAGGAAGAAACAAGCUUGACUGACAGAUGCAUUAAUUGGAUAAGGAAUUUUUCAUCUGGGGGCAAAUUUUAUCUAAGUUUCUAGUCUGAAGGGACGCACGUUUUCUUUUCAAUUUACAUGACCAUUCUACUGCAACCAAAUUAUAACAUCUAAAACUGCAAUAGCCUUAAUGUAUUAGCAUUCCAUUCAGAAUGUAAAAUAUUACCCAUUCAGGAUAAUCUGGUCUUCUAGACAUUUAAAAUUAGCUAGUAUCAAUAUGUAUCCAUAUAUAUCUUUGUUGAUUGCUUAGUUAUUAAUUUGUAUCUGUAUAAAAAUGACAGACCAGUUUAGAUGGAGGUCAUGUGGCUUUCAGACAUAGCGGGGCAAAAAGCAGAAUCACCAGUCUUUUCAAAUAAUUCAAUAUAUUUGCUACAUUGAAAUGCUGGAAGUGCUAUGCCAUUUUUAAAAGGGAGAGUUUUAAAACAAGAGUAUUUACAAGAUUACUUGAUUUUUAUGCUUUUCAUAUUGAAAUUUCUCCGAACAUCUGGCUCUGGCAGUAAGCAUUAGCUUUAGCAGCACUGGCAAAUUUGCUUUAGUUAGGACCCUUUGGGUUUUUGCCAAACUGGUAUCAUCUUGGCUUUUACUUUACAGGUAUCCCUUUGUUGUUCUCUGAAGUCAAUAUCAGAGGAACCAAGAACGCAAGUGUUCUUACACACCUCUAUCAAUUAAAAAAAAUCCCAGAAGUGUAAUUGGUCUGCUAUAUGUUGUGGCAUAGGGCUUGCUAGUAAGAUCACACUUGUCAGUCAGGAGGUUCAAAAUCAUAGUGUCAGGAAAAUCAUAAAAUACCUUGUUUUCUUGGCUUCUAGAAUGUACAGUGUAUCAGAGCAGUUAUGGAAUCAGAAAUUUAUGUGUAUUAAUUUAAUCAUAUUUGUACCAUGUAUUUCUUGAUUGUAAUUAAGAAAUUAAUUCCUUUUUUUUUCGCCAUCAUAUCUUUAAGCCUUGAGUCUGAAAAUUAGUGAAUAUGUCUGAAAGCUUCUGGAUGCAUCAUCCAUACUUGUGGAUGAGUAAUUCUCUCAAUUUGUUGUUUCAGAUUUCACUUAAUGUUUAUAAAAUUGUGAGUCUUUUCAUUUGUCAGACAGUAAAGCAUAUUCUACUUGCAGGUGUAAUUUUUAAUGAAAAGAUAGAUUGCUGAACUCCUAGCAUGUCUGUCUACACAAUCACCUAAAAGAUGUAAAACUCAUGAAACUUAAAAAGUCUGUAAGUUCUUAUAGCUCUGUGUAAAGUACCGGGUGGAAAUAAUUACUUAUUGAAUGAAGAAACAGACUAACCAAGACCAGCAGUAACAGAAAAGGCACUGGGAAAACUAUGUGGGGAAGAGAAGUGCAGCAGUAACUAUUGUAUAGGUAAUUAAUUUUUUUGUGGGAGGGUCAACUUAAAUACUAAAUCCUAAAAGUCCUAAAAGAUUCCUUUGGUAAGCCCCUUUUGGGACAGUCUUUGUUUGCUGGGUGGCCUUCAGUAUUCAGAGAUGUCUGAAUGCCACUCUGGCAAAUGCAAGUUCUGGAUAGAAGCAAGCAGUCCUUAAAAAAGACAUUUUGGAUGUCAGUGCAAACAAUAACUGAUGAAGAGGGGAUUUGUGGUAAUACCAAUUCAACUGAACAAAAUCCUUUGUCAGCUUUAAUAUGUAUAUUUUGUAUAUGUGCACUUGGUAUAACCCUUCAUAAAUCAGUUGUGCAGAAAAUCAUGAUAUCAUUCCAUGCAAUGUAUUUGUCAGUGUGUCAGAAUUUCUUUUUGAUUAUAAUUCCAAGCAAUAGGAGUUCCCCAUGUUAGCCCAUGAGCCACUAGUAUCUUGAGAGAGAAUUUUCAUCUACAUUAGUUCUUUCUAACUCAAUUGGCAUUUCAAAGGCUUUUGUUCCUUUAAAGGAAAGAGAGAGCACUAAUUGAACAUCAUUUUCACAGACUGUUAUAACAAGUGUUAUUUUUUAAUAUAAACAUCAAUGUAGAAUCUGUCAUCUAGUCUCAUACAUACUUCUAUGUAUGAAUGACUGACCAUAAUUUUUGGGUCACAUUUUUACAAGUAGAGUUUCAGAAGCUUCUAAGUUACUCGGGUAGCUUUAACUCAGAUUGACAAACUGAUUUUUGGUUUUGGUCUUUAAUUCUUGAUGGGGUUUUUUGUUUGUUUGUUUGUAAUUUUGUGAAAUGACCGGCCCACUUAGGAGCCCAUGGGCUCUAUGUAGUCUAGUUAAAAUAGUGUUUCAUAUAUUCUAUUAUAUUGGUGCAAUUUUGAGUUGAUGGGGAAAUUCCACCAUUCUAUUAAUUAAGAAAGGUGGAUUUUUAAGUUUUUGGACUGAAGAGUACAGACUUCUGAUUUCGCACUACUGAUAAAGUGUUUACCCCUUAAAUCUCUUCAGUGGAUAAUCUGGACUGACUCCAACUUUGCUGUCUCUUUGAAGAAUUUUGGUUUUUUCUCCUACCACAAGCACACAGAAAGAAUUUGAGACUGUAGGUCUAUGUAAGACUUCAGCCAAUUAAUUCUGCCCUGCCAGACAGACAUAAUUCAUUACGUAAUGGGGAAGGUGAAGCAACUCAGAGUUGAACCUGACAAACACCAGAAUGCAGGGGAGUUAUGGCAGGGAUAUUCAUGGACAGAAUCACUUCAGUUAGAAAAGUCCUCCAAGAUAAUCUAGUCCAACCUUUGAGCAUUACAUGUAAACUAAACCACAGGAUUAUGUGCUGCAUCAAAUAAUUUCUUGAACACCUGUGGGAUGGAUGACUCUACCACCUCCCUGGGUAGCCUGCUCCAAUGCUUGACAGCUUUAUCCAUGAGAAAAUUCUUUGUGAGAUCCAACCUGAAGCUCCCCUGGUUGAGCUUGAAGUUGUGUCCUCUUGUCCUGUGGCUGAGAGGAGAGGCCAAGUGACACCCAAUUCCUACAACCUCAUUUCAGGGAUUUGUAGAGUGAUGAAGUCUCCCCGAGCCUUUUCUCCAGUAUAAAAAAUCCCAGCUUCCUCCGCCAUUCCUUAAAAGACUUGUGCUCCAAACCCUCCACGGGGUUCUUUGACCUUCUCUGAACGCACCUCAAUGUCCUUGUCGUGAGUGGCCUAAAACAGAACACAGGAUUUCAGGAGUCCCUGUCCCUUUCUAGUGACAGGGACAGGGAAAAUCCUGGCCCUAGUCCUGCUAGCCACACUACUGCUGACACAAACCAGACACCAUUAGCCACUUUGGACGCCUAGUCACACUGAAGGACAAGGGAAAUGAGAACAUAGAAGCACAUACAUUUUAGGUGUAAUCUGACAUGCAAUCUAUGCGAUUCACCUAGAAUGAGAUUUCAGUCAGAGAGUUCACUGACAUCUGUUUCUCUCUAAAGUUGUUCAAAAUGUUUCUACGUAGUUACUCAAAGACUCGAGUUAUGUGUUUGAACUGGAGGUGGACAUUUCUUUGAUAUCCAGAAACAUCUAGUCAUCUCAUCCUAAGAGGAAAGGGAGUUAACUCACAGCUAGUUCUCAACAUUUAUCAUUACCUUUUAUUUCUGUAGCUCAAGAUCUGCUUCCAAGCACUUAAUAAUCCCAUUUUCAGUAACAUGCUCCCAAAUGUCCCACUGCAGUUUAAGUGCUUAGUGGUAUGUGGUAGAUUUUGCUAGGGAAACCAGACAUGUAAGAACUGGGUGCUUGAAAAAUCUGUCCUGUGGGCCUAUCUUACUAACAUUUCUGAGAAAUUUACCCAGCAUUUCUGCUCAGCUGUAUAGGAGAGCUCAAACACUCACUGAAACAUUUCUAAAUCAGCAAAAAUGUAUUUUGAACCUAUUUUAAGCACAUGGGUGGGCUUGGGGUUUGUUUGGUUUGGUUUGUGGUUUUUCACUAUUUUCCGUUGAUUUAUUUCCUUUUUUCUUCUGACAUUACUUUAAAAAGUAUGUAUUGAAUACAACAAGAAAACAUGAAGGGAAAUCAGAAGAAUGAAUAAUAGUCUUCAGAGGGCAGAAUGUUUUUGAAGAUGCAAAGAACCUACUGCUUCUAUGAUACAUUAAUUCUUGAGAGAGCUGGAUUUCUAUUUCCUUGAGUCUAAAAGUGCUGCUCAGAAAACUGAAUACCAAAAAAUGUCUGUUGUGGGUACAAAUGUUAGUUAUCAUUUUCAAAUUGAGCAGGGUUUUUGUGGGGUUUGGGGGUUUUGCCCUCAUGUUUCUUAGAGCUGGGUCUCACAGUUCACUUUGAGAACCUGAACAACAGUCCAUGUUCUUUCUGGCUCUAUGUUUUACUAUGCAUUAGUAAGAAUUUAGUUGCCUGUUAAUGAUAUAUAGUAUACAGGAAAAUCUGAUUGAGUAUUUUAGUGGAUAGCUGCAUAAUUAUAUUGGGCAGGGUCCACUGUAAUGAUUUCCUUACUAAAGCAAGUACUCAGAUAUAAGAUAACUGCAUUAUUCUAUAUUCAUACUUUUAUUGUUUAUGGAAUUCCUGGUUUGGCAUAGUUGACUCUUCCUAGAAAAAAUCCUGUGGUGGCUUCUGAGGUAAAACAUAAAAUUAUGAGAUUUUUCCUGUCCUAUAAUUUCACAUGUGGUUUUGCCCAUAUUUUGUAACAUUAUGUUGAUUCAUAGAAGAGAUGCUGCAAGGAAGUAAUUUCUAUUGUGUACAGGUUGGCAAGGAUUGCCUUUGCUAUGUUCACAGCACAAAGGUAUCUCUCAAACCCUGUUUCAAAACCCUGUUUUCUGCCAAAAAUGAGUUUGAGGUGAAGAUAACACAUAGUCUGGAGACUAAGCAAUCAAACAUACUGUUAUCAUUAUCCCUUUUGUAUACUCUGUCAUUAACACAGAAAAUGGAGAUGAUAGCCUGUAACUGCAAACAAUAAAUGCUGUUUUUCCUUUGAGCACUGAUUUUAAUGGCAGUUUAAAGAAGUUAACAAGCAGAAUGAAGGGGUCAUAAAUGAAAGUUAACCCACAGCAGUUGGAAACUGAGAAAUCCUUGUUACUUUCCUGGUAGUGAGCCUAAUUUGUUAAAAUAAAAUCCAUCUGCUCAUUUCACAGUCUUUGUCACACUUCCUUCAGCGAUCCACAGUGGAUUACCCCCUUACUUUAAAACCUGUCUGCAAUUAUAAUAAGCUAAUAACUCUUAUUUUGUGGUUUGCUGUAGCAUAGUUUUGACCAACAAAGAUACCCUUUAUUCUUAAAAAAUAGUCAUCUGUGGGGGGUUUUUUGCAGUUGGACAUGAUUUUUUUAAAAUUAGAUUUCAAAUAAGUAUACAAUCUGAUGGCUUUGCAAAUUCAAAGUAUUUUCUAAUUCUUGAUGAAUCAGCCAAACACUGCUGUUAAGUAUGUAAAUGUCCUUAAUGUCAGCCUGGUUUUUGCAUAGCAUGCCAUGAAUGCAACAAAACUUCGGAGUGAUUCAAUUUUUGUGUCCACAUUAAAUUUAGUAACUGGAAUAAGUUUCCUUUUUCAUACAGAAAUCAGUUUACUACUGUGCUCCUUUGUGUUUCCUCCUGGAUAUACAUUAACUCUCUAGAGAUGUUUUAAUGAGUUAUACAUACAUAAUGCUUCUAAUUUUUCUGUUGUUCUGACUUAGAUAUGUGAGAUGUGUAUUUCUGAAAGCAGUUGAGUGAAUAUUCCCAAAUAUAUGAUAUAAUUGAAUUUUUGAAUGUAUAUUUCAAGGAGUUUAUAUACUUGUAUAGAUAAAUAAUUGAUUUUCAUUUGUCAAAUUCAAGCUUUUCAAGUCCUGAUACUCUUGUAUUUUUAUCAGUGAAUCUGUUAAAGGAAAUACUUCUGGAUUUUGAAUGGUUUUCAUUGCUUUUUAAAUUUGUUUAUGUAGAUACUCUUCUUUGUUGAGUACAAGUUCUUGACCUGGUAUUCUAUUUAUAAUUCUUCCUGGUUCUUCAGUAUUUUAUCUAGCUGUAACUUAUUAAAAACCACAAAUAUGAAAAGGGGAUAUUAAUGACAAGUGGUUUAAAUGUGAGAGCUUCAAAAUGCAUGUUAGAAUAUUUCAACACUUUGUUCACUGUAAUUUUACAUUUUUUCAUUACUUAAGUAAUUAAAAAAAUCCUUAGGGUUGAAUUAUAGUAAAAUUUUAUACAUCUCAGUACUAAUUUUGUCUCCCAGUGGACAGCAAUAAUUUAGAUGGGAUUGUUUUUACUCUACCUAAUUUAUUCUUGGGCAGGGGGGAAGGGGAGAAAUAUUAACCUCGCAAAUUUUGCUAAUUAUAAUAAUUUCAUGGCUGUUGCUAAUUGUUUUUAAUAACCUCCUCGCCUUCAGAAAUUCGUUCUUCUAUAUUUUGAAGAAAACAUACAGAUAUACAGGGUUCUGUAAUAGAAUGUGUUUACAGUAUUUAUCCCCUGGGUUAGCUAUAACAAUAAGGGGAAGUACAGUGACAGAUACCACUUGCAAUAGUUGCUAGUGCAAUGUGCCUUCGAAUAAUUUUCUUUAGUAAUUAAAUUUUUUUGUAAUCUUAGGUGAGGUGAGCAGCUUUAAAUCAGUUUCAUUUCUAUCAAAGUAGAUAUGAUAAUACAUUCUUAGAACUUUACUAA